GUGCCGCCUGGCCGCCUUCCUCGACACCUUCCUGGCCUCCAACUCCAUGCUCAGCAUGGCCGCGCUCAGCAUCGACCGCUGGGUGGCCGUGGUCUUCCCGCUGAGCUACCGCGCUAAGAUGCGCCUCCGCGACGCUGCGCUCAUGGUGGCCUACACGUGGCUGCACGCGCUCACCUUCCCUGCGGCCGCGCUCGCCCUGUCCUGGCUGGGCUUCCACCAGCUGUACGCGUCCUGCACGCUGUGCAGCCGGCGGCCAGAGGAGCGCCUGCGCUUCGCGGUCUUCACCGGCGCCUUCCACGCGCUCAGCUUCCUGCUGUCCUUCGUUGUGCUCUGCUUCACGUACCUCAAGGUGCUCAAGGUGGCCCGCUUCCACUGCAAGCGCAUCGACGUGAUCACCAUGCAGACGCUCGUGCUGCUGGUGGACAUCCAUCCCAGUGUGAGGGAGCGCUGUCUGGAGGAACAGAAGCGGAGGAGGCAGCGGGCCACCAAGAAGAUCAGCACCUUCAUAGGGACCUUCCUCGUGUGCUUCGGCCCCUACGUGAUCACCAGGCUGGUGGAGAUCUUCUCCGCGGCGCCCAUUGGCCCCCACUGGGGGGUGCUGUCCAAGUGCUUGGCCUACGGCAAGGCCGCCUCGGACCCCUUCGUGUACUGCCUGCUGAGACACCAGUACCGCAGAAGCUGCCGGGAGAUUCUCAACAGGGUCCUCCACAGACGCUCCAUCCGCUCCUCGGGGCUCACAGGUGACUCUCACAGCCAGAACAUCCUGCCGGUGUCUGAGUGAGGACCACUCUCCCGCCGGAGGGUUUAGAGGGAGGUGGCCCGGAGAAGAGGGAGGCAGCUGGGCUCCCGGGCAGACACCCUGCCACCGCCCCCUGGCCGGCCCAGGGCUGUGUUUCCCAGGCCUAGGGCCCCUGAGGGCGGAGGCUGGAUUGUCCUGUGUAUCACCAAAGGAUGCCACGGGCUGUGCUCAGGCCCUUCCUCCUGAGAGGUCCCCAGUGGACGACAGUGCGGUCACUGUCGAAGAUGCAGAGUGCUGGUGGCAGUGGAGAGCCAUGCGUCCACCUGCUUGCUGACCACUGGAUGUGGGGCUCCUCGCAGAGGAAGAGGGACGGUCUCCAUGGGACAUUUCAGGCCUGCCCAAAUUGAGGCUGCAGUAACCUGUGGCCCAGACCUGGUGACUCCUUUCCACUUGGUAGUGGUGGCUGCUUUAACCCAAAUAUUAUCCAGCUGGGACCCUUAGCGGGGACCCUGGGACUGUACACCCAUGGGGAAAGAGUUGGACAGUUGGUGGCUACUGACAGCUGCCCACCCAUUGUCUUAGGAACAGUAUAUUGGAUUCAACUUUUAUCCCCCACACCCAAUAAAAAGAACUAAUGUUUGUGUGUGUA